AUGGACGACUGCAUGCAAGCCGCCGCCAACAGCGGAAUGUUCGCGCUGUGCUCGGAGCCGACGCUGCGCCAGAUCUGCGCGCGCGCCAAGGCCGUGACGUACCCCAAGAACGCCGUCGUGUACCACCAGGGCGAGACGCAGACGGAGAUGCUGCUGCUCAAGGAGGGCAGCGUCGAGAGCACCAAGAUCAUCGACGGCCAGGAGCACACGCUCGACGUGAUGACCAGCGGCGCCGUCAGCGCCAACCACGCGCUCGUGCAGGACCCCGCGGCCGUGACGGUGCGGUGCCUCACGCCCGUGUCGGGCUUCUCGCUGCAGAGCUCGGCGCUGGACGAGGUGCUGGAGGACAAGACGGCCUCGCGCGAGGUCAUGCACAGCCUCAGCAAGGAGAUCCGGCGGCAGGCCUCGCUGCUGCAGACGCCGCUGUUCGAGCAGCACGCCAAGCCCACGCCCUACUUCGCCACGUCCGUGGCCGCCUCCAUCGAGUCGUUCUACCGUAGUGGCAUGAACUCGCUGCUGAACGCGCGCCUGACGGGUCAGCCCGUCGCCAGACUCUUCCCGGAGAUGCACCUGCAGAUCCCCACGCGUGUCGUGUACAUCAACGGCUUCAAGGGCAUCCGCCACAUGCUCGAGAAGCACGUGGACGCUGACCAGUACGAGUACCCGCAGUUGGUGCGUCUCACGGAGGCCGUGUCGCCCGGUGUCAUCAUGACGCCCGUCAGCAGCAUGCUGGAGGCCUUCAACGCCGGCCACAUGAACCCGGAGUCGCUCGCCACGCGAUGGAUCCGCGGUACGGCGCCGCGUAUGCUGCGUGAGGUGAUCUUCGGCGUCGGCCUGAACCAGCUUUCGGACUACUUCGAGGAGCGUCUGUCUGUGACGGCGAGCCCCGCGCUGAACAAUGCCAUCGGUAGCAUGGCGGCUGGUGUCGUGUCCGGUUACCUGUCGCACGUGCCGCACAACCUGUCCACGAUGAAGCUCAUGCACCCGCAGAAGAGCUACGGCGAGCACAUGGACGACUUCAUCCGGCGCGCGGAGGUGCGCGUGCCCAACACGGUGUCCCCCCGCCAGCGCUACAUGGCGGCCACGGCGCUUGCGUUGCUGUUCCCGAAGGGUCUGACGGUGCGUACGUCCCAGAUCGUCGGCUCGUUCAUUAUCCUCAACGGUACCAUCAACUCGCUCAAGGAAGUCGACUUCAACACGAUCAAGGGCUACCUCUCGGGCUAAGUGUCGAAGACUCGGCAAUAUUACAAGGUGACAUUAUACGGACGCAAUGAGGAUGGCGCGCGCUUACUGCGCUGCAGCUUGCCGCCGCCGGCAAGGCUCCGGACGGGAAGCGCGUGCGUGUACAGCUGAGUUCAAUUUGACGCAGCCAGACGAACCACAACAAGCGAAAGCUAGCGGCGACUGGACUGCGUAGAGCCGAAGAGAAUAGGACGGCAUGGGGAAGUAGAGCAGCCACAGCAGCCCCCGAAUGAUACAAAUAUCAAAAGAGAAUACAAACCAACACCUCUUUGCUG